AUGAGCAACGCCAAGCGUGUGUUUGGCUGCUUGCUUGUGUUUGCAGUGAUCGGCUCGUUCACGUUGUACUCUACCAACACUGAAUCUGACGCACGACAGCAGGCGCCCUUGGAAACAGCAGACCCACAGCGCAUGGCUCGAACAGAGCAAACUGAGCCUCUGCCGUCCAGGUUCAUUGCGCGGCCAGAUCUUACGUUCAGCCAAGUGAAUGCUCACAAGCUCAUGGAAGAUAAUGCGUGGGUGUCGCCAUCGGUUGUCCGCUUGCAAGACGGACCUGACGGUUGGCCCCGUCCAUGGACCGCCGUUGCGUUUUCCGGGACAAUGCGGUCGUUCAAGUAUCCCGCCCUACUCGAUUCCCUUCGCAACAACCUGCUGGCUGCUCUCGGUGGUACCAUCUUGAUUUUUUCUAACAGCCGUCUGGAAGACUGGCCUCGGUCGGGUCUUGGCUGUGCAAACAGUCAGGAAGAUCUUUUCGACGCGUUGCGCGAUUUGUUGCCAGGCAAAGCCGAGCAUUUCGUUGUCUGGCGGUCGUUUCAAGUUCCCGAUCCCAUGUGGACGCACAAUUGUGCAAGCCGCCCUUCCUUGAUUCAAUCGCUUUCAGUUCUCGACAGUUACUCGCUUGUCUUGGACUACGAGAACCAAGUUGGUGUCAAGUUUGACUGGAUUGUACGAGCACGCCCCGAUGUCGGCUUUCCGGAACCUCUGCCGUCGCUCGCAUCACUCAAUGAGUCGGUCUUUGUACCCGGCAACUCAGAGUACCAACUGAGCAACCAGUUUGCGCUUGUUCCUCGCAAAUACUCGGACGUAUUUUUCCAGCUGCCUCCGCGCGAAAUCGAAUGCGCUGUGGAGAACGACAACGAUCGCCUGCGCCUGUGGCUCGACACCAACAACACUCCGUAUUAUCGACACAAGGCGAUCCACUUUACGAUCGUUCGCGCAUACUAUGGCGCCGAAUGCUUUCGGUCGUGCAAUGGCUUUGGUGUCGGCAGCCAGUGUGAGCUUCGGAAGGUGUGCGAAGCCAUGUUUGGUGAAAUCACCAAUGACCGGAAAUCCAAGAAAGUUGACGCGCAGCUUUUGAUCAGCGAAUUGAAGACUCCGCAUGCAGGGUGCAGCGUGAGCUUGAGCUCACCAGCUCCUGUCCACUUGAAAGAGCGCAAAUUUCGUUCCCGAACCAAAAAGCCCUAG